AUGAAGACAGAUGAAGCUUGCACUCGCAGAGGAAUGUGGUGCGCUAGUGAAAUGAAGAGACAGAGAAACGAACUCGAUGAAGUUACCGUUACCCUUAGAGCCCUUGGCAUGUUCUGUAAGCAACUUCAACUACCUUUGUCUCAUAACAUCGAUGAAGUUACCCUUACCCUUGCUGUCAAGGGGACCCCAAACCCGGAGGACAAAUUCACGGGUUUGCAGUUUCUUCUGGUUUCUUGGAAUACUACUCUUUCGGGGUUUCGAACAAGUGAAGGUGCAUUGAAUUUUGCUCAUAGGAUGAAUUUUAAUGGAGUUGUUUUUUAUCCAGUGACUUAUACUACGAUUCUUGCUUUUUGUGCGGAUCAUGAAGAUUUUCUAUUUGGAUUACAACUGCAUUCUCUUAUAUUUAAGUCUGGUUUAGAUGGUGAAGUUUUUGUUGGAAAUGCACUUAUAAGUAUGUAUUCGAGGUUGAGGCGGUUAAUAGAAGCUAGGAGCGUGUUUGAUGAAAUGGCGAAUGAGGAUCUGGUUUCAUGGAAUGCAAUACUAUCAGGUUACUCUCAAGAGGGAAAUCAUGGGCUUGGGGCGAUUUUUGUCUUUAUUGAGAUGGUGGGAGAAGGGAUGGGGUUAGAUCAUGUCUCAUUUACUAGUGCAGUUUCAGCUUGCGGACAUGAAAUGAAUUUAGAACUUGGGAAACAGAUACAUGGCUUGACAAUUAAAUCAGGAUAUGGAAUGCAUGAUGAUCGCAACGUAGUGUCUUGGACAACUAUGAUUUCAAUAGACGAAGAAGAUGCCAUCUCUCUAUUUAAUGAGAUGAGAUUGGAUGGAGUAUAUCCAAAUGAUGUUACAUUUGUUGGACUAAUCCAUGCUAUAUCAAUUAGGAAGUUGGUGGAGGAAGGCAAAAUGAUUCAUGGGUUUUGCAUAAAGACUGGCUUUUUAUCAAAGCAUAAUGUUUGCAACAGCUUGAUCACCAUGUAUGCUAAGCUUGAGUCCAUGCAUGACUCCAUCAAAGUUUUUGAGGAGCUAAACUGCAGAGAAAUCAUAUCGUGGAAUGCUUUGAUUUCAGGGUAUGCUCAGAACGGGCUGUGUCAAGAUGCACUAAAAACAUUUUUGGUAGCAACUAUGGAGUCGAAGCCAAACAAUUACACAUUUGGUAGUGUCUUGAGUCCAAUUGGUGCUCUUCUUGACAUGUAUGCAAAGCGAGGAAGCAUUUGUGAGUCCAAAAGAGUUUUCAGUGAGACGCCUCAUAAAAGUCAGUUUGCUUGGACUGCAAUAAUAUCUGCAUAUGCUGGGCAUGGAGACUAUGACUCAGUGAUAGAAUUGUUCAAGGAGAUGGAGAGAGAAGGGGUAAGACCUGAUUCAGUCACAUUUCUUUCUAUACUAGCAGCAUGCAGCAGAAAUGGAAUGGUGGAGAUGGGCCGUCACCUCUUUCAUUCAAUGGUGAAAGACUAUCAUAUUGAACCAUCUCCUCGACAUUAUUCAAGUAUGGUGGACAUGUUAGGACGUGCAGGGAAAUUGGAGGAAGCAGAGGAAUUGAUGAGUCAGAUCCCAGGACAGCCAGGGUUUUCAUUGUUGCAAAGCCUGCUUGGGGCUUGCAGGAUCCAUGGGAAUGUGGAGAUUGGAACCUGUUGUUCCGUCUCGUGCCCAGCACAACAAACACAAGAACACACUCGAUUCCUACUACAGAUGUGA